CUCAUACGUGAUGGAAAAGAAGAUAUGAGCUCCAUACACGACACACUAAUGAAGUAGCUGAGAAAGAAAUCGCAAGCCCUAUUUUUCUCUCAUUCUUCUAGAAGAAUUGAAAAUCCUCUUCCUGAAUCUGAAGCUGUCUUCCAGGUAAUUAGUGAUUAAAAAAAGGUUAAAUUCGUAGUAUAAAAUAUUGUGAUUUUAUGCAUGUGUUGGGUUGUGGUAUGAUAUCCCUUUUGGUUUAAUAAUAAUGUAUCGAUAUUCUCCUAUUUUUCUAUUUACAAAAAUUUAUAGUGGUCCCCUCAUUCUUGUCUGCUUGUAUUAAAUAUGGAGUUGAUAUGACCUAAUUCAUUGAACUGGUCCCCUUUGUUCAUUUGUAGGUCAUAAAAAAAUGGUGGAAUUGUGGGUUACAUUGAAUAUUCAUUUCGGGGGUAGGUUUGUUGAUGCACCGCAGAGAAAGUACGUGGGUGGGGUUUAGGUAUAAGCAAUGUUGACCGAAACCUUUUCACGUAUGCUAAUCUUAUUGAUGUUAUUGAGGAAAUGGGUUGUCCGAGAAACUCUAUCAUAUACCAUAAACUACCAUAUGUUGACUUAGAUGGUGGUCUAGUAGGGUUGACUGAUGAUAUUGAUUUGUUAGACAUGUUUGUAACUCAUGAGGGGUUUAAUGUCCCAAUUGAAGUAUAUAUUGAUUCUCCUGGGAUGUAUAAUGGAAGUGAAGAUGAUGAGGAGGAGUUUAAUGUUCCAAGGGAAUCAGACCCUGACACUGAACAUGAGGGUGAUGAGGGAGACAAUGAGAGUGGUACUAGUGGGCUUGUAAUGUCUAGUGAAGAGAAUGAGGAGUAUGAUGUCCCUAUUGAAGAGGAGGUUCAUGAGGUUCAAAAAAGGGUUUGUACAGGUUCUAACUGGAUGGAUGACCUUUCUGAUGGUGAUAGUAGUGACAUUGAGCAGUUAACAUUUCCUAGUGAAACACAGGAACAUGGUGAUGGAAUUGAAUAUACUCAAUUUGAUGAGGUUAAGGACAUGGCUAAUCCUGAAGUGGUGAAAGGCAUGAUGUUCAAGAGUGUGUAUGAAUUUAGAAAUUUUCUUAAAGAGUACCAUGUAAAGAUAGGGUCUGAUUUCACAUAUGUCAAAAAUGACAAAGAUAGGGUCACAGUAAUAUGCAAGGAAAAAUGUGGUUUUUGAAUUCAUGCAUCCAAUGAUGGUGACAGUACUACAUUUCAAAUUAAAAGUAACAUAGGUCCUCAUGAAUGUGGUAGGAAUUAUAACAACCCCAAGGUUUCAUCUGCAUGGUUGGCUACAAAAUACAUUGAUAAGCUAAGUGAUGAUUCUACACUGGAGGUCAAAGGGAUGAAAAACAGUAUUAGGAGGGAAUGGACGGUUAAUGUUUCAAAAAUGAAAGUAUACAGGGCUAAGAGAAAGGCACUUGAAUUAAUUCAAGGAAACUAUGAUGAACAAUACCUCAGGUUAUGGGACUACUGUGAGAUGGUUAGAAGGCAUAAUCCCGGUAGCACAUCGAUGAUUAAGGUAGAAAGGAAUUGGCUUCACCAAUUUUCCAGAGGUUGUUUGUAGCUUAUGAGGCCCAGGUUGAUGGGUUCCUUAAUGGAUGUAGGCCUUUCAUAUAGUUAGAUGCAUGUUUUUUGAAGGGUGCAUAUGGUGGCCAACUCCUAAGUGCAGUAGCUAGAGAUGGGAAUAACCAAAUGUUUCCUCUUGCAGUUGUUGUUGCAGAAUCGGAGAACAAGAGUAGUUGGAUAUGGUUUCUUGAAAAUCUUGUAAGUGCCUUAGGAAGAUGUAGUGGGAUGGUGUUCAUAUCUGAUAGGCAGAAAGGACUACUUGAGGCAGUGAAGAAGGUCGCCCCAGCCAAUGAACAUAGAUUCUGUAUGAGGCAUUUCUAUGCAAAUUUUAAACUGGGGGGUUUCAAAGGUAAAGAUGAAAAAGAUGCAAUAUGGGGGGCUGCAUGUGCAUACACACAACAGGGAUUUCAAGAAAAAAUGGAUGAAUUGAAGGCUUUGAAUGAAGCAGUUCACAAAUGGAUGUUAGAUCAAAAUGCGCAAAACUGGGCAAGGUGGCAAUUCAGUGGUUUGGCUAAAUCUGCAGUUAUUGUUAAUAACUUGGCAAAGUCUUUUAAUGAAAUGAUCAUGGUUGCUAGGGACAAGCCCAUAGUCACAAUGUUGGAGAUGAUUAAGAGGCAAUUCAUGGUGAGAUUUCAAGAGAGACUGCAAUACGUUCAAAAGUUUAAGGGUCCCUUAUGUCCAUCAAUUCAUAAAAACCUAAGGGGAAUAAAAAAAUGGGCAAGGGGUUGUCAGUGUCUAUACUCUAGAGGGAGGCUAUUUGAAGUAUUUAAUGAGUUAAAGACUUACCUUGUGGAUCUAGAUAACUGUACCUGCACAUGUAGAAGAUGGGACUUGAGAGGAAUCCCAUGCAUCCAUGGUGUAGCUGCAAUUUAUACUGACAAAGGGAAGCCUGAAAAUUAUGUCCAUGAAUUUUACCAUACAGCACCUACCUUAGGGCUUGGGACAGACAGAUCUACCUUAUUCCUGAUAAGUCAAUGUGGGUACAAAUAGACUAUGAUCCCAUAAUGCCUCCUCCGUUGAAGAAGAAGGCUGACAGGCCUAAAAAAGCAAGGAGAAGAGCUGUUGAUGAGCCCAAGAACCCAAAUGCUAUAAGGAAGCAACCUGAGUCUUUGAAGUGUAGAAACUGCAGACAAUAUGACACAAUUCAAGAACAUGCAAAAACCCAACACAGGUUCAGAAGGGAAAUGGAAGGGGUGUUGCUAGAGGAGGUGGAAGAGGAAGGGGUGUAGCUAUAGGUGGUGGAAGAGGCAGGG